AUGGGCAAGCAGAAGAGCGCACUCCGAGAGCGUCUCACACGCGCUAUCACCGGGCCACCACAAAUCCCGGUGAGCAGACGCCCUUUCAAGGCCACGGCACGACCGCUACCACCGAGGCAUCCGGACUCUCCAGGAACCGGUCCACCGCCUGCCACUGGCCAGGAAGCAACGCCGCCACCGACACACGAGGUACGACGACCGGCGACCAUCCGCCAGCGGACCACCCGUUCACGACAGGAGCGCCUGUACGAGCCGGCCCCCACCAACACGGCCACCGCUUGCCAAGCCGCGCUCCUGGCCACGUUCGGAUCGACGCUGUCCGACCUCGACGAUGACAACGACGACCACAACAGCGUGGUGACCACCGCACCCGAGGGGCCUAUAACGUCCGCACAGACCCCUAUGCCGGACAUUGCGUCGUUGACGAUCGCGGGGCCCGGUUCGUCUCCGCCGGGAACAGCAUCCCCAGUGGCACCGCCGCCCACAACACUGCCGACGCCGCCGCCAACACCACGGCUCACACCACCGUCAACACCGCUGCCGAUGACGCCCGUGCCGCCGCAGCCAGCGCUCCUGCCGAUAACGCCAGCACCGCCGUCAACGCCACCCGCUCCACUACCAGCUCCGGGGUAUUUCACCGGACCCCCGCCGCCGGAAAGCACCCCAGCAACGCCACCGCCACCCGGACCACCGGUCCCGCCAGCCGUCGCCAUCCCCGAGGGACCCUUCCCUGAGGACGCCCUCCGCACCGUGCCGUGGGACCGCAUCCGCCCGGGACAAAGGUACCGUCACCACGUGCACGGGCGAAAAAUUGUCAUCCGGCGCCGCCGCGACGGUUCGUGGCUAUUAAAACAAAGGCUUGUUAUUGUAUAUAAGGACAGGGUCUGCCGAGGGGGAGGUGUAACGAGCCGUUCCUCCACUACCGCUUGA